AUGCCGGAGAGGGGUGGCUCCGUCGUGGACACCGCGCCGGAGCCCGGCGGCGGGAGCGUCGUCGACGCCCCCCAGGCCGAGCCGGAGCCCGGCCUCCCCGAGACCCCCGGCAGCGGCCUCCAGCGAGACCCCCCGGCCAACGACACCCAGCAGGAGGAGGAGGAGGAGGAGGAAGGGGAGGAGGCGGCGUCGGCGGCGCCCGCGGGGACCUCGGCCGGGCCCAGCGGGGAAGGGGGCGUCGAGGCCGUAUCGUGCUGGGACUGCCCCGACGACGCCUCGGCCGCCGUGACCCCGGACCUGGGCGACGGGCCGGGGGGGCCCGUCCCCGGGGACCGGGAGGAGGCGGGCAGCGGGGACCCGCCGGCGCGGACCACCGAGCCGGGCCCGGGCGCCGUCGGCCCCCCCGUCCCGUCCCCGGAGGGUCGGCCCUCGGAGCCGUGGCCGGCCCCCGGCGGGACCGCCGCCGGCCCGCCGGGGCCCCGACCGUCCCCGGAGGCCCUCGACGUCGACUACUACGACGGGCCGGAGGGCCGCGGGCCCGGGGCCGCGCCGCCCCGGCCUCCCCCGGGCCCGGCCGGCGAGCCCCCGGCCCGGAGCCCGCACGACGCCUACGACGACUUCACCCCCUUCGACGAGUCCGACUUCUACCCCACCACUUCCUUCUACGAGGACGAGCUGGAGGAAGAGGAGGAGGAGGACGAGGAAGAGGAGGAGGCCGCCCCGGCCGGGGACCCGGAGGACGGGGACGUCCCCCGGCCGCCCGCCCCGGCCCCCGACGGCCGGCGGCCCGUCGGGCCCCCGCGGCGGACCCUCGGGGGGCUCCCGACCGGCAGCCCCGUCCCCGGAUCUCGCCCCGGGGAACCGGGCAAGGACCCGGCGCCGGGCGAGAACGGCACCGUGUGCCGGGGCGGCUUCGUGAGGCACAACGGCUCCUGCCGUUCGGUCUGCGAGCUCUUCCCCAGCUAUUGCCACAACGGCGGCCAGUGCUACCUGGUGGAGAACCUGGGGGCCUUCUGCAGGUGCAACACCCAGGACUACAUCUGGCACAAGGGGAUGCGGUGCGAGUCCAUCAUCACGGACUUCCAGGUGAUGUGCGUGGCCGUGGGCUCCGCCGCCCUGGUGCUGCUGCUCCUCUUCAUGAUGACCGUUUUCUUCGCCAAGAAGCUCUACCUGCUCAAGACGGAGAACAGCAAGCUGCGCAAGACCAAAUUCCGGACCCCGUCUGAACUGCACAACGACAACUUCUCCCUGUCCACCAUUGCCGAGGGCUCCCACCCAAAUGUAAGGAAACUCUGCGACACUCCCCAUUCCUCCUCCCCCAAUGCCCGCGCCUUGGGUUACUAUGAUAACGUGGUCUGCCAGGACGACCCCAACGCUCCCCAUAAAAAGGAGGAGGCCCUCAAGUCCUGCCUGAAAGAGGAGGAGCCGUUUAUCCUCCAGAGCCCCGUCUCGCCCAAGCUGGCGGGGAGCAAGGGGGCCCAGGAGGGCCCGGAGGGGAACUGCCUCCAGAACAACCUGACGUGAAGCCCGGGGCCCGGGGGGGAGAGGAGAAAAUCGGCCCCCUUCUCCCCCUGUACGGGACCCCCCCCCCCCCCCGACCCCCCAACACACACACGCUCUUCUCGUAACCCCUCACCCAACCUCGAUGGCCCCUCCCCGACUCCAUGGCAUGCUUUUGGUGUGUUUUGUACAAGAGGGGCAACCAACGAAGCCGGAUUAAACAAGGAAAAGAAAGAUCCCAAACCGGAUCGCGCCCCCGCGCAGGUGGGUCGCCCGCCCGCCCGUCCGUCCGUGCCCGCGUGCGUCCGUGCCGUCUGUAUAUUGCUUGGGUUAGCCGCCGCCGCCGUGAUUUCUAAACCUCCGCUGUUACUCGACUGACUUUUUUUGUACUCUUCGCCGCCUUUUUUUGAAAUACAAGUCAAAACGAGAGAAAAGGAAGUUCUUGAAAUAAAACGUUUUUUUAAAGUGA